UUUAUUUUUGCCUCUAAAAUAGCAAAUACCUUAUCCUUUUUAAAACCCUACCAAAAUCUUCCAGCUGCUCAAAGCUCCUCCAUUUUCAAGAUCCGCAGGAAAUUUUUUAGUUGACAAGAACGGAGAUCUGAGCUUUUCAGUCCAUCAAGGAUUGGAGAUGACGCAAGGAAAGAAAUAAGCCGGCUGAUUGAUAAUUAAAAGUUUGUGUUUGAAAGCAUUUUGCUCCAGCUUCUCACAUACCAUUCUAUUUUAGAGGGGGAGAAAAAGUCUAACAUGAUACGGAUUAGUUCUCUUGCUCAUCCCUUCUCUCUUGAGGUUCCUCCAUGGGUAGAAGUCUUAGCCCGAUCGUCCAGAGAGAACUAGAAAAUCUUGAUAAAGAUGCUGAAAGCCGAAGAUCAGCCAUGAAAACCCUGAAGUCUUAUGCGAAAGAUUUGGACUCCAAGGCCAUACCCCUGUUUCUCGCCCAAGUUUCAGAAACAAAGGGGCCCAACUCAUCCUCAGGAGAGUGCACUAUCUCAUUAUACGAGGUCUUGGCUAGAGUUCAUGGCCGCAAUAUUGUACCACAGAUCGACAACAUCAUGACCACCAUUGUUCGAACCUUAUCUUCGAGCGCAGGAUCCUUCCCUAUUCAUCAAGCUUGCUCUAAAGUAGUCCCUGCCAUGGCCAGAUAUGGAAUUGACCCUUCUACCCCUGAUAUUGAGAAGGCGAGGAUAAUUGCUUCCCUUUGCAAGCCUCUUUCAGAUGUCUUAAUGGGCUCCCAAGAGAGUCUUGCCUCAGGAUCUGCCCUGUGUCUCAAGGCUCUCAUAGAGUCGAACAAUUGGAAAUUUGCUUCAGAUGAUAUCAUAAAUGAGGUCUGCUUAAAAGUUGCAGGGGCUUUAGAGGAGAAAGCAACACAGACUAAUUCUCACAUGGGAGUUGUAAUGGCUUUGGCAAAGCACAAUGUUUUUACAGUUGAGGCUUAUGCAAGGUCUCUCAUAAGGUCUGGCUUGCAAAUUCUGGAUGCUGGCGUCUCAGAGAACAAUUCUCAAAAGCGGUUCUCGGCCAUUCAAAUGAUCAAUUUUUUGAUGAAGUGUGUUGAUUCUAGAAGCAUCUUGUCAGAAUUGGCUAAAGUAAUUGAUAUCAUGGAGAAGUGUCAAGCUGAUCAUAUGCCUUAUGUUAGAGGAGCAGCCUUUGAGGCCUUGCAGACUGCCAAAUUUAUAACUUCACAGAGAGGACCCAAGCAUGAAAUCUCCUCGAGCCCAAUCUCUUGCUCCCACUUCUACAUCAGAAAUAGCAAGAGCCCAAGGGGUAGAAGAGAUAAUAAUGUGACUGAAUUUGCUUCUCCUGAGUCACAAACUGUUGAUUCCUGUAUCACAUAUGAUGCUUUUACUGACUCACCAUUGUCAACUGCGCAAUCUUCCUGUAAUUUGGAGUGCAGUAAACGAGCUAAUAGAAGACUUUGGAAUAAUGAUUUAGGGGGUGUCGAUGUUUCCUUGAAGGAUGGAUUGUUCCUCAAAGCUUGCUCAGCUUGUGAGGAUUCAGAUUUCAACGGUGAGCUGAACACAGAUAAAGUAUAUUUGGAGUCAUUCUCAGGAUUUGUGCACGCUCGACCAACAAGCAGAUCAUCACGAGAAAAUACUCCUAGUCCUCAGAGGUCACGCACACAACUUACAAUUGAUGAUAUAAAGAUUUUCGAAACCCCAAGGAAACUUGUCAGGUCUCUUCAGAAUUCCACUGGCUGCAAUUCCCCUUGCUCUCAGAAGCAAGAUAUUGAAAUAAAAAUGAAACCAACUUCAUAUGAAGUGAAAAGGAAUCCAAACAAUGUUGAGGAUGAAAGAAAUAAAGACAAGAAAAUAACUCCAGUGGAAGAUGGAGAAGCAAAUGAUAGCACUGAGUCUGUCUCAUCCAGUAAUGAUCUCCCUCAAGGUAGUGCUACUGAAGUUCUUGAAGGAUGUGAAGUAAAGGCUCAAGUUCAAAAGGAGAUUAAGAAGAAGACUCGUCAUGGGAAAGCUGCUGUUUGUUUUUUCUUGGGGCUUUUGUUUAUUUUUCUUGGCAUGCUUUUGUCAGCUAUGAGGCUUGACAGUGACGAGGUUUUUUACGAUGUUGUUCCAACUUAAAUCUGCUUGGGAGUAUUUCUUCAUCGCGGUAAGGUCUUGUUCUUUAAGUUGUAAGUUAAAACCACGAAACUUUACGUGAAAUUUCUAUGUAAUGCAAACGAAUUGAGUGCAUUUCUUGUGCACAUGUUAUGUCAGUAGCAAUUGUGUCAUUCUGAA